CUCUCUUUUUUUUUUUUCACGCUCAUAUACGCUCCCUUUUUCCGGCCUGACAUUGACUCGGCAGUAGUUCUUUUUGAUCGUGCGUAUAAUACCUACGUGAGUAUAUGCAAUGAUUAGCGGUUGGUUGUCCUAAGCCAACGAUGGACUCGCGCGUCGAAGGCGACCUUGUCUCUAUCAACGUCGUCAAAGAGGAACCAGCCGAGCAUCAACCGAUUAUCGCAACCGUCACGGAUGAUCAACAGGCGACCACGGUGAUGGAGACUAUGAAUACUGACGAAGAUGAAGAGGUGCCUCAGGCAGCUGAGUGCACUACCGAGGCGGAGAAUAGCCAGGACCAGUCGGAAAUAAAAAUUAGCAUGUCCAAGUGCAUCCUCUGCGGCAAAAGUUUUACUGCAGGGGAUAGUCCCAAACUCCUCGAGUGCCUACAUGCAGCAUGCGCUGCCUGCAUCAAUGCCAAAUUCAGCGAACACGCGAGCACCUCCGUUGACGCCGAGGUCCUUUCCGAUAAUACAGUCACGUGUCCGGAUUGCGAAGUGGUCAGUCACUUAGACAAUUUGAUUGAGAAUCGAUUUUUCUCUAAGUUUCUCGAAGAUGACAUGAGCACCACCUGCGAGGAUGACCCUAAAGAGGUUGAAGAGGAAGAAAAGCUGUGUACGAGUUGCACUGAGAAUGCUAUAGCAACAAGUUGGUGUGUGGAGUGCGAGGAAUAUAUCUGCCAUAAUUGUGUUGUGGCACAUCAAAGGUUAAAAAUAACAAAGGACCAUACAAUAAAACCAAAGGAAGAAGUUACUAAUGAUACUGAUAGUGGAAAAAAAGAGAAAAAAUUGCCUAUUUACUUGUUUUGUAUACUUCAUCCUCAUGAACAACUGUCUUUAUUUUGUCAAACUUGUGAUCGAUUGACAUGUCGAGAUUGCCAACUAACUGAUCAUAGGGAACACAAAUAUAAAUUUAUACAUGAAAUUGCCUCGGAAAGUCGUAUGUCUAUGAAAACAUUAUUGAAUGAAGUUAGUUAUAAGCGGGAGUUACUGAAAAGUGCUAUGAAAGUUAUUGAGGAGCGUCAAGUUUUAAUUACUGAAAAGAAACAGAGCCUUGUUCAAGAAAUAAAGCAAAUGGUUGUCAGGUUGACAAAUGCCGUAAAUUCGCGGAGUAAACAGUUAAUAAUACGCCUAAAUGAAGUAUGUGAUCAAAAACAAAAUACGCUUAAGGAAAAAAAAAUAGCCUUAGAUCAUCUGUCCAAACUGACUGACCAUUGUAUAGAUUUUGUUAAUUAUGUAUUAGAGCAGGAUGAUGAUAUGGAGCUACUUUAUAGUAAAAAGUCAGUGACAUCCCACUUGCAAAGAAUCAAAAGUAGAAGAGCUGAUAUACCCAAUCCUGAAAUACCUGUGAGAAUACACUUAUCUAUGGACAAAAUGCAAGAUCUGAUCAAAGUUGUUAAAUCAAUUGGAGCGAUUGUGGUAGAUGGAAGAGUAUAUCCAUCAGUAACCCCGCCGUCGGAACCAAGCGCUCCAACAACACCGAUAAACGAGAUAGGAGAACAAAAACAAUCGAGUUCUUGCACUGUAGGCAUGGCUAUAGAUGCGUCGGCUGUACCACAAGCUAUAGGUGUAUUGCCUCCCGAUGCAUCCAAUAAUAUCCUACACAACGCUUAUUUGAAUCAAUCGGUGAACAUUCCAAUCUCGUCCCAUCAGCAACCCAUGUUGCAAGCUCAGUUGAACAUGAUGCAACCUCAAGCAGCUAACUACAUUCAGCAUUACAAUAUGCCACAACGUGCAUCACCGCAAGCACAGAGAAUGCCUACAUAUAAUUACAACGGGCGUAUACCACAGCCGCAGCAGAUGAUAAUGCCACAACGACCAGGACUUGGUCAUCAACAGGUAACAUCAUCGACCCACCCUCAUCAGCAGCAACAGCAACAAAUGGUUUCUGGACCAGAUCCCCAUCUAAAUCAAAAUGCUAAUCUUCGAGGCUUACUGGCCCACAAUCCACCAGCCUAUCGUCCAACGGCAAGCAGUUAUAGCAGAUUCCCGCCACGCUACAGAUUUCCUAUAAAUCCACCUCAGCGACCAGUAGGACCACCGCCGCCGCACCAAAACUAUCCUGCGGGAAGCUCUCUCCUCACUGGUGUACAGAUGCGACAACCCGUGAUAAAUCCUUACCAGCAGCAACAACAGCAGCAGUCAGCCAGGUGGCAUAUUCCACAGAGUACUGGUCAGACAUCGUCUGCAUAUCAUGCUGGUAAAGGUGGCAACCCACAGAUGUAUCAGGGUGCUGCGCCGUUGGGCGAUGCCUACAAAAUUACACUCAAGAACCAGCAAAUGAGCGUUGCUUCUCAAGUGAAGAAUAACGAAGCAGCACCAAACCCACCGAUCAGUAGUGAUCCAACAGUGUCAUCUCAAAAUUCGACGAUGGUAACGCAAACAGUGAGCUCAUCGAUGCCAAAAACGCCAAGUCCAGCCAUACAAGAGAAAGCUGACGAUACGCAAAAAAGUCUUGACAAGUUUUGCCAAAAAUCGCUCAACGAUCUCAUGUUGACCAUCGCUAAGCUCGACAGUAAUGGUAUUGUAGUCAUACCUGAGGCGCAAAAAAAUCAAAUUGAGUCCACGCAAGUGGACAGCUCCACUGAUGAAGGGGCCAAUGUCAUGACUGAUAAUUCAUCGGCAGCAUCCAUGACAAAAGACGAUCCUAAUGAAGACUGGUGUGCUGUAUGUAUGGACGGGGGAGAUGCGGUCUUAUGCUGCGAUAAAUGCCCGAAAGUCUUCCAUUUGUAUUGUCACAUACCGGAACUGAAGCAGUUCCCGAGCGAAAAUGAAACGUGGCAGUGCAUGCUCUGCACGAACGUGCUUGAUUGCUCCGGUGAUCCGCCCGGAGACAAGAGGCCAAAUGAGUUGAGCGCGUGCGACAUGAGAAUCGCUCAGCGUGUUGUUUUAGAAUUGUAUUGCCAGUACGAACAAAGCUUGCCAUUUAGAGAAAUCGUUUCGCAAGAGAUUGUCGAGUAUCAUAAAAUUAUCAAGAAACCAAUAGCCUUAGAUAUUAUAAGACAGAAACUUAGGCCAAGCAGCGACAAUCAUUAUACGGAUUUAAAGCAAGUGAUGGCUGACAUUAGAUUAAUGUUUAAGAAUGCAUACAAAUUUAAUCCAGUGGAUUCUCAGGUUUAUCAGGAAGCACGGAGUCUAGAGGAAUUUUUUGAAAAACUUUUAACAAAGUGGGCGCCUGAUUACGCUUUUGACGACUCGUUCCUAACAGGUGAAGGUGAUGACGACGAAAAUGAAGAGGUGUUUCCGUCGAAUAGGAAAUACCGCCGAAUUAUCCCUGGUGACGAUUAGCAUUCAUUCGAAUGCGACUAAGUAAUUCGAUAAAAGAAUGAUCAUUCAAAUGAUCAUUUCCAUGCGACAUAAGCGUAAUUGUUACUUUAUCAUACAUUCACGUUGAAGUGCAUAAGACAUUUGAUGUUUCCUGUAGAUCGAAAUAACUAUGUUAUAUGUAUAUUAUUACUUUCACAAAAUAAUUAUGUGGUCGCAACAAAUACGUUCACACACCUAAAUAGUACCAAAAAAUUAUGUCAUUCUUAUCAAAAUUAUAAUAAUCAUAGAGAUGCUCACGGAAAUUCCAUAAAUUCACUGAUGAAUUAAGGAACUCAGCAGGAAAGCAACGAAAAUCGAUUUUUAAAAAAUAUAGAAAAAUUGUAUGUGAGUAGCAAAAGAAGUAACAUUUAUUAAAAACUACACGAUUUAGUUAUUAGUAAAAUAAUCCCAAUAGUUGAACACUUUACCUAGACUCAAGUACCAAUACACUCUUAAAUAGGCUGUAUCCAUAGAGAUGGAUUAUUUUAAAAAUAACCAACAAUUUCAACUAACUUAACAUAAACAAUACCUUCUUAAGAAUAUCCGUGUAAGAGCUGUACUAAUAGGGAUCAACUAUUCUUUAAUAAUUAGCAAUUUUUAAUACUCAAAUAUUUACCUUUGCUAAAAGAAUUUACUUCUGAAGAAUGGUUAACAUUGACUGACAGCUAUUUAAAAGAAUAAUGUAUUGCUAUUUGUACAACUCCCGUAAUGACGUAGUUCUUGAGAGGGAAUUGUAGAUAUAUGUUACCUAUUGAUCCUUUCUAGGUGCACUUAUCGUUGUACAAAAUUAGAAAUAAUAUUUAUUUCUUUAACGGAUGAUUGUAAUUAUAUUUCGAUUGGAUAGACAAUUUUGCGUGAUUUUUCUAAUGAUUAAAUAUAUUUAUCUAUAUAAAAACCAAAUUUAAACACUACGAAGAUUCGAUUUUUAUUGAUCAGGGAGUCAUCAACUUUAAAAAUUUUUUUAUUAACGAUAACUAAAUUGUGUAGUUAUUAAUGAGUUUUUUUUAACCUUGCUAAUUAUGCGUAAUUUUUCUAUAUUUCUAAAUCGAUUUUCAUUGACUUUCGCCGAAUUCUUUCAUCUAAAACUUACGUAAGAUUCGUCAAAUCUCAUUAGGUGUGUAAUGAUAUCGAUCUACUCAGAUUUUUUACUUUAUUUAUCAUGAACCUUGGCCAACAUUUUUAAAAAUUUUAUUUUUAACAAGCUGGCCUUAAGUUGUGAUUACAAUCAGGAAUAGCCUAGAUAGGAAUUAAAUUCAAUCAAUUUUUACGAUUUGUUAAUUUUUAGGGAAACAGAUCAUUGUAUCGAUAUUGUAGAAAAUACAAUUGAUGCAUAUAUUUUUAUAAUGCUGCUGUUUUAUUGGUAAAUGUUUUUGGCACAUACGUAAUCAAAUAUUGGACAUUUCUUUGUACAGAUUAGAUUUUUUAUUUAAUUAAUAACGAUUAUAUUUUCUCAUUUUAAAUGAUGCUUCAUUAUUAUCAUUAUUAUUAUUAUUAUUGUUUUUUCAAGACCUACAUUCAUAUGGAACGCUCUGCAGAAGUACAUUAGAUACCUGUAAGGUAUUAGUCUUGGUUUCCUAUAAUCAUAAGUAUGUAUACCUAUCUCCCUCGUUACUUUUGGAAGGGUAUGGGAGGAGGUUUUUACAUGCAUCAUGACUGGACCUACAGUUUAAGGUGGAAUCCAAAACACCGGAAUUACGGUAAUAAAUAUAUGAAAAUUUCAUUUCUGAAAAUUUUCAUAUGUCUGGGACAAUGACAAUGACGAUCUUUUGCGCAGAAGUCUGAGCUCUUACCCACGGAGCCAUUAUGACUCAUGAAAACGAACAAUAAUUUAUAGAAAAGUAAGUUUAAUGAGAGAUUAGGGGAUUUGGUUAUUAUUUAUUAGUUCUCCUAAUCUUCUAUCUAUGGCUUAAAUUUUAGUACUUUGAACUUGAAGCUUGUAAAUUGUUAGCUUAAACAUCAAUUUGAUUAAAAUAUAUUUGUUCUUCUGAAAAUUCAUUAAAAAUAAAUUGUUGAGAAUAUUGCCUAUGAAUAUUUUUGAUGAACAGACUAUGAUAGAUGUAAAUGUUAAACCUAUUUGUGUAAUUUAUGUACUAAUUGUAGAUUUUACUAUAAUAAAGUUUUGA